AUGCAUUGUGGGAUGUCUGGGCUAAUGGUGAAGUCAAGAUGGCAGAGAAACUCCGGCAGAGGAGAGAGCCCGCAGCGGGAAGGCCGUGAAUGAAGUUCGGUUUAAUAAAUCCUUCAUCGCCGCUCGUCUACACUUAAAUCAUCCAGCUGUUCGAGUUAUUAUCAACCCGCGGAGGACUCGAUACGUUCACAAACAGCAACAGGAUUACAAACAAACUGAGGAUAAAGUCUCGUAUGAAUCCCGACGAGAAGGAGGACCGUGAGUGUGCGCCACCACAGGCCGAGAGCAGCCCCGCGGAAGCAUCACAAAGAGAAUACGAGGAGCCUGAAAUAGAAAACCCAGAAGCAAGCCGAAUGAAGCGAGCAGCUGCCAAACAUCUGAUAGAGCGCUACUACCACCAGUUAACGGAGGGCUGUGGGACCGAGUCAUGCUCCAACUCCUGGUGUGCCUCGUCAGUCGGCUUCAACCGCAUGGAUAACAAUGCGGCGGCGGUCAAAGCCCUGGAGCUGUACAAGGGGAACGCUAAGCUAUGCGACCCCCACCCGUCAAAGAAAGGCACCGCCUCGGCGUACCUGGAGAGCAGCGGCGCUCACAGUAACUCCGCCUGCAGCAACAGUAAGAUGAACCAUAAAGACGUCCACUCUGUACGGGACAACUUUAAAGAUGUGAAUUACCUGACGGAGGAAAAAGUGUACGAGAUUCUGGACAUCUGCGGAGAGAAGGAGGACUACUCUCCUCUGAUCCGGGUGAUCGGCCGGGUGUUCUCGAGCGCCGAGGGUCUUGUUCAGAGCUUCAGGAGGCCCAAACCGCACACCAAGGAGGAGCUCAAGUCCCUUCAGGGUAAAGACGAGGACAAGGACGAGGACGAGAAGGAGGCCGCCGCCUGCUCAGCCACAGCGAUGGAGGAGGACUCCCCCGCUUCCUCUUCAUCGUCACGGCUCGGCGAGGGCUCCUCGGGGGAAAACGAUGUCCAAAAGCUGGCUCCUGACGAGGUGUCGGUGGACAUCGAAGCCGUGCGGCGGGUCUACGAGCGCCUGCUGUCCAAUGAGAAGAUAGAAGCGGCCUUCCUGAAUGCACUGGUCUACCUCUCGCCUAACGUAGAGUGCGACCUGACGUACCACAACGUGUAUUCACGAGACCAGAACUACCUGAACCUGUUUGUUAUCGUCAUGGAGAACAACAACCUGCACAGCCCCGAGUACCUGGAGAUCGCUCUGCCGCAGUUCUGCAAGGCCAUGAGCAAACUCCCGCUGCCGGCUCUGGCCAAGCUGGCACGCCUGUGGUCGCACUACGGCGCCGAGCAGAUCCGGCGGAUGGUGGAGACGUUCCAGCAGCUCAUCACGUACAAGGUCAUCAGCAACGAGUUCAACAGCCGCAACCUGGUCAACGACGACGACGCGGUGGUAGCGGCCACGAAGUGCUUGAAGAUCGUCUACUAUGCAAACGUGCUGGGCGGCGACCUCGAUGUCGAGCACAACGAGGAAGAGGACGAGGAGCCGAUCCCGGAGUCCAGCGAGCUCACACUACAGGAGCUGCUGGGGGAGGAGCGGCGGAACAAGAAGGGCCCCCGAGUCGACCCGCUGGAGACGGAGUUAGGGAUCCGCACCAACGACUGCCGGCGGCCGCUCAUUCCCUUCGAGGAGUUUGUGAACGAGCCGCUGAACGACGUGCUGGAGAUGGACAAGGACUACACUUUCUUUAAGGUGGAGACUGAAAACAAGUUCUCCUUCAUGACCUGCCCCUUUAUCCUCAACGCCGUCACAAAGAACCUCGGUCUGUACUACGACAACCGCAUCCGCAUGUACAGCGAGCGGCGGAUCACCGUGCUCUACAGCCUGGUGCAGGGUCAGCAGCUCAACCCGUACCUGAGGCUCAAAGUGCGGCGAGACCACAUCAUCGACGACGCCCUGGUCAGGCUGGAAAUGAUCGCGAUGGAGAAUCCUGCAGACUUGAAGAAGCAGCUGUACGUGGAGUUUGAAGGAGAACAAGGUGUCGAUGAAGGAGGCGUUUCCAAAGAGUUCUUUCAGCUGGUGGUGGAGGAAAUCUUCAACCCGGAUAUCGGCAUGUUCACAUACGACGAGCGCACCAAACUCUUCUGGUUCAACGCGUCAUCGUUUGAAAACGAGGGUCAGUACACUCUGAUCGGCAUCGUGCUCGGCCUGGCGAUCUACAACAACUGCAUCCUGGACGUCCACUUCCCCAUGGUCGUCUACAGGAAGCUCAUGGGCAAGAAAGGAACCUUCAGGGACCUCGCUGACGCUAACCCGGUUUUGCACCAGAGUCUGAACGAGCUGAUGGACUACGAGGGAAGCGUGGAGGAGGACAUGAUGAUCACGUUUCAGAUCUCACAGACGGAUCUGUUCGGGAACCCUCUCAUGUACGAUUUAAGGGAAAACGGGGACAAGAUUCCCGUCACAAACGAGAACAGAAAGGAGUUUGUGGCCCAGUACGCGGAGUACAUGCUGAACAAAAGUGUGGAGAAACAGUUCAAAGCGUUCAGGAGAGGUUUCCACAUGGUCACCAACGAGUCGCCGCUCAAAUAUCUCUUCAGACCGGAGGAGAUCGAGCUCCUCAUCUGUGGGAGCAGGAACUUGGACUUUUUAGCACUUGAAGAAACGACAGAAUACGACGGAGGUUACAACAGAGACUCUCGAAUUAUCAAGGAGUUCUGGGAGACGUUGCACUCGUUCGGGGAGGAGCAGAAGCGGCUCUUCCUGCAGUUCACCACUGGCACUGACCGAGCACCUGUGGGGGGGCUGGGCAAGCUGAAGAUGAUCAUUGCCAAGAACGGCCCUGACACAGACAGGUUACCGACGUCUCACACCUGCUUUAACGUGCUGCUGCUGCCCGAGUACAGCACCAAGGAGAAGCUGAGGGAGAGACUGCUGAAAGCCAUCACCUAUGCCAAAGGGUUUGGCAUGCUCUGAGCCCUACUGAGCGCUCCGAACACACAGCAAACGGACUCCUUCUUCUCAGAAAGCCCAUGAACCCACCCCCCUCCCCCUCCCCUGCCCCGCCCCGCCCUGCCGCCCCUCCUUUAUCAGACACAAUCUUAACAGGUGACAAAGCAGAGUAUGUUUCCAGGAAAAAAAAAGUUCAAUAAAGAGGAGGAAAGAGGAGAAAAGUUUCCAAUAGAGCGCUCGAGUAGUUCUUCUACUGUGCCUGCAUCAUCCCGCAUCAGUCAGUGUAAGCACAGAGACCUCCUGAUCAAACCCCCCACAUCCACUUAACGUGAAUGUGCCGCAGCCUCCCCGUCUUCUUUUUGUUCUUCUAUGUAUAGAGAGGAUCAUUUUCCUUAUUAUUUAUUGUAAGGUUAAAAUGGGUUAUUUUUCAUGCCUGCCUGUUGUGAUAGCUUCCCCGCUUAAGGGGGAAAAGGGGGAGGGUUGAUAUUAAACUGUAAAUUUGGGACGAAGCUGAAUUGAAGAAGUCGAUAUAAUCCCGUUUAUUGAACAAUAACGUGUUAAAGUAGCCCUGAACGCUCGAUCACUGACUAUUCACGGAGAAAAUCUAGUCGUAGAGUAGUCGUUUUUAAUCCCCCCCCCCCCCUCCCCCGCGCUAAAGAGAAAGAGCUCCAUUCCACUCACAGUCGUCGCUUAAUGUCCCCACUGUUAAUGAUCAAGGUAAGCAUUCAGAAAUAACUCUCGUUUGGUCCUUUAUCAAAGAACGGUUAUUUUGUCUUCAGGCCUUUUUUCCUUUUGGGAGGAGACACACGCACACACACACACACACACACACACACAUUGCAGGUUAGACUCAAAUCCAUGUCAGAGCUGUGUAAGUGCACUUAGACAUUUUCAGAAUGUUUGUUUUUUUGGCCGCAGGUUUGCCAUGAUUGUUUGCAACCUUUUUAUUUCCAUGUCUUCCUGUGUUGACGAUUCUAUCAAAUAAAAACAGUAUUUAUAUAACCAGUGCGGUCGGAGCUGCGGCGCCGGGUUGCGCAACGUUUUUCGAAAGGAUGUACUCUAGUGGUAGACCAGUCACUGCUGAUGUUCUCAGAUACAGACUUACAGCUCUUCUUGUGCCAACGAAUACUGUCAGUCGAUAGGAGAAACCCCCCCCCCCUCCGAGUUAGCACUUUGUGUUGUCUGCAGAGUGUCGUUUAUAUGGAACAGAUCGAGAACGCCCAAAAGAAAGUUUCCUCAAACGUUAACUCUUUUCCGCUGACAAAGAUUCCUGAUCUGGCUUUUUGUUACACCCGUCAUUAUUCAGGGUCGUUUUUCAACCUGGGUCAUAGUUUACACGUUUUAGGAUCUGAAUGAUUAAAGGUCACAUCUUCUGCCAUUUUACCCUGACGCUAACAUGUGUCUCUAGUUUAUCUACAAACCCCCCCAAUGAUGAGAAAAGUCCAUCCUCUCCGUCUUUUCCCUGCUCCACAUUUCAGAAAAUGUGUGCUUUUGCAUUUGCUCCAGUCUGCAGCUGCAAAAUGCACGAUUUAUAUCUGAGAUGCAAUCCUUAAUGUUCUUCUUUUUGUCCUUGACAGGCCCUGAUUGUUGACGACAUGACAUGCGUGAUCCCUGCAGAGAUAAGACCUUUUAUUUAAGAUAUUCUACAAGAAACUAUUUGCAGUUUUCGCUUCAAAGCCUCCAGACUCCGUUGACAAAAACAGUCAUUUAACGUGCUGGUCUUCACCAACCUUCACAUGUUGUUGUUGUUUCGCACAUUAGCACAAUCAAACCAGCAGAUUGAAACCAAUGUAGACCAGCAGCUCUAAAGCUUUGCAAGUUAAACUUCAAGUCUUUGAAGAGAAUGAUGUAACAGAUGUUUCUGACACCAGACUCCAUUGACGAAAACGCUGAUUUUAUCUUGCAGAACGCAAAAGUUUACGCUCUGUCUCUUUCUUAACAUCUGACUUAAUUGUAUUUCGUGACUUUGAUGAUUUAAAGAGUAACAUUGGAUCAAACUCAACAUUAAUAAUCGAGCUAAUCGAGGCAGCGAUGCACCUGCAACUCUUGUGUUCUGCAAAGUAAAAUUACUGUUUUUGUCAAUGGAGUUUGGUCUCUCUCUGCAGGGCUCCUUCCUGUAAUGAUGUCACACACGUAGAAUAACAACCUGAGCCUGUUAAGGACAAAAACAACGACUUCUGAUGGAUGCACUUUGAUUGGCUGCAGGAUUGUGUUGCAGCCAAUCACAGCCUGUUUCGCUGCUGCAGGUGGAAGAAAUCAACAUUUAGACCCUAAAAUGUGUAAAAAAAAAAAUAAAAUAAAAAUGCGGUUUUCAAGAUGUGUCCCUCUGCCUCGUCUCUCAGGUAAGAUAAUAACUUCCUGGACUACUCGUAUCGUAUCAGAGAUCAAUAAUCCUGUGGGGGGCGAGAGGACACUGUGGACACAUCAUCACUGUGAGCAGAUUCUUAAAUCUGUCUCGUUCGUUGAAUUGUAACGGGUGGAACCACUGUCUACGGAAAAGUCUGACUUUAGCGUUUAAUAGCACUUUUUUUGUUAAACAACUUACAUUUGAAUAUCGGCUGUGAAAUCGCGUCUCCACAGAACAGGCAGAUGUUUUUGGUUUUUUUUCUUCGAUUUUUUUUUUUUUGUUCAGUAGAAUCGUCUGUACUUGUAAAGGACUGGAGUGAUAUCUGCAUGACGUUCUUGCACAGAAUCAAUUCACUGGUUUAAAGGAUUUUUUUUUAAAUUUCAAACAACCUACCUGGGUCUUCUUUGUUUUUGUUUCAGCCAUGAUUUCUUUUUCAUUUUCCAACUCAGCUGCUUCAAACGUCUACACCGACAACUGAGCGCGUUAGGGCGAGCAGCAGAAAUCAUCCAACAUCCUGAUCGGUCCUAAAACCAGACCAAACUAUUUUAACCACUUAUUUAAAACUGGAGGGGGGGGGGGGCGGACGGAGAAAUAGACGCUCCUGGAAUAUGGAGGUGCAAAUCAUAUCUGACACCAAAAGACCAUCUUUGAACACUAUCUGUUAUCACAUGCCGUAGCAACCAUCAAGUCAACGAUUGGUUUUGGCUUAGUGUCAACGCCUUCAGCUUGCUUCUGGCCAUCGCCGUAUUGUUUUUUUCGCGCCAAAAGAGACCAAAUUUGGACUAGAGGAUUAGGUAGGGGUUUAGAAAAAUGCAAAGUCAUUGGCUAGCACUAUCUCGGUUUGCAUGAUGCAUCCCUAAUUUACUGCUAGGAUGUGAAAUUCUGCAAAAAUCAGGAAACAAGAUGAACCGUAGAGUAACUUUAAACACAACCCUCCGUCAGGCUCAUUUUCUAAAAGACUUCUAUCCAAUCUGACUCCUAUUCGAAUCUAGUUAAGCCGUCCCCCUGCUGGCCAUUAGUAAGAAUGCAGGCUCUCCUGCGUUGGCAUCCAUGGAGGCGAUGUCCGUUUCUUUAUGGUUAUGUGAUAACAGCUUUUAAACUUAAUCUGCUGCUACAUAAAAACAAGAGAUGUGGUAUUCAGUUGAAGUAAUCGAGUACAUAUAUUAUCAAAGAAAACAGUUUCCUUAAACAAAGACCCUCAGACACAGAAUAUAUCCUUGUAGGGGAGUUUAAGCGAGUGGUGCGUCAAAAGAGGAAAAUCUGCUUGGCCGUUGGUGUCUGAAAAAUGCCACUAAUGAUAACGACGGUGCUCAGACCCCCGGUAACACAGCAACCCUGAGCCGUUUUUAUUUCUGUUCCAUCACCCUUACUUUCUCAUCUUCAUGGUUUCAGCCAGACCUGGGCAAAAUGAUGUUGGAGAACCCCCUUUUGCUGCUUGUUUUAGCCUCCAUUGGGGUCACUUUGGACAGUGCAAAGAGUGCCUGAAAAUUCAGACUAACAAAGGACUGUUGGGGAACUCUGUGAAGGUUGAAACAAAAGUCGAAGGACCGCCGACAACUGUUAUUGAGCCGAGGUCUGGUUUCAGCUGUUUUCUCUGUACCUGUGUUUUGUAAUGCUGAAGAUGCUGCUGCUCACCUGGACAUGUGAACGGGCUCCCGAGCCCAGUGAAGGUAAACGGUGAACGACCUGAUUUGGAAAGGGAAGCAGUUUUCAUCGAUUUGUUUGACUCCGCGGUUACAUUCUCAAAGAUACAAACUGAUGAACGGCUAAAGUACUCAGUGUUGUGAAACAUGCUAAAUAAAGAUGACUGCUUUUUUCCAA